AUGGACGUUAAUCGAUCUAUAAAGCGGAUAGCUGUGCUCUGUAGGCGAGUAGCGACGAAGGUCAAGACAUCCUGGCUUCCUGUCAAUCCUAAAACCUGGAAGAUGGACACGGAAAUGGAGUUGAUUUUGGAAGGAAAGGGGAGGGAUGCUGCUGUGAAGAUUGUGAGGGCUGGGGCCGGCGAAAAGAGGGAAGGGGGGUUAACAGAAGGUAUGCAGCUCGAAAGCCAGAUGAAAAUAGAAGCAGCAGCGCAAAACCCACUCAAAGAUGUGUGA